GGAAACCACAACGCACUAACUCACUAUCAACAUCAACUGAGCUCAGCGGCAAACUGUAAGCACGCAGGACUUCACAUACAAUGGAGGAGAGAUUCGCAUUUGUGGCUGAGUGGUACGACCCGAGCGCGGCGCUCCUACGCUGCUACCAGCUCCUGUACUACCCCAAAGAUGGAGCAGUGGAGAUGUUUGAUGUGAAGAACCAGCGGACCUUCCUGAGAAGGACCAGAUAUGAAGAUCUUCAUCCAGAGGACCUGUUCGUGGGGAACCGUGUCGUGGUCUUCUCCCGACAGCUCAACCUCGUCGAUUAUGGGGACCAAUAUACAGCCAACAAACUGGGCAGCAAGAAAGAGAGGACGUUGGCUAUGAUUAAACCAGAUGCAGUGACCAAAGUGGGCGACAUUAUUCAGAUGAUUUACGAUGCCGGCCUCGUCGUCACCAAAGCCAAAAUGACCAAACUAACCUGGAAGCAGGCAGCGGACUUUUACAUGGAACAUCAGUCAAAGUCUUUUUUCAAUAACCUUGUGCAGUUUGUGAGCUCCGGGCCUGUAAUUGUCAUGGAGCUGAUGGGAGAUGAAGCCGUCUCGGCCUGGAGGAAAGUUCUGGGUCCGACUGACUCCACUGUGGCAUGCAGAGACACUCCGGCCAGCCUCCGUGCCCGGUUUGGCACAGAUGGCACCAAAAACGCAGCGCACGGAUCAGACUCUUUGGCAUCAGCAGCACGGGAGCUGGAAUUUUUCUUUCCCUCCACUACAGGUCACGGCCCUUUCAACACUGCCAAAUACACCGACUGUACAUGUUGCAUCAUCAAACCUCAUGCUGUCUCCGAGGGUCUGACUGGAAAAAUCCUAAACUCAAUCAGAGAGGCAGGAUUUGAGAUCUCGGCUUUACAGACGUUUAACAUGGACCAAGCAAAUGCUGAGGAGUUUUUGGAAGUGUAUAAAGGAGUCGUCACUGAAUACACGAGCAUGGUGGCCGAGCUGUGUUCCGGACCCUGCAUGGCUCUCGAGAUCUGCGGCACCGACGCGCCCAGGGCGUUCAGGGAGGUCUGCGGUCCGGCCGACCCGGAAAUCGCCCGGCACCUGCGGCCCUCCACUUUACGAGCGCAGUACGGCAGGAACAAAGUCCAGAACGGCGUCCACUGCACCGACCUUCCAGAGGACGCAUCACUGGAGGUUCAAUAUUUCUUCAAGAUUUUAGAUGGAUGAUGUCCGUAAUCAUCACAGCCGCCCACAAUGAUUUAAAUACAUUAAUUAAUUGAAAUAAAUAAAAUAAAACAC